AACUACAGGUGUCUGGCUAGAGAGGACUUCCUGCCCUGUUGUGGUUUGCAGGCAUGUGGAGUAGCGUGUCCUCCUCUUCCUGGUUGGGCUUCUUGGGGAACUCCUGCCUUUGGCUUUUCUUUCUUGGAGGUUUUUAGAGGGAAAGGAGAGAGAUCUGAGCCAGAGUUCUUGGAUUGAGAUGGAAGAAACUGGAAGGAGAAAGUUUUCCAGGUAGAAAGCUCCAUGCAGAUGUUUAGAUUGCUGCAGUAGAGUCUAGCAUUUCCCACCGUUUCAGGCUACUAUCCAAAUAUGAAAAUGGAGGCCAGAGAAGACCUUACAAGUCAUAUACCAGGGCAGGUGCCACGGGAAGUGACAGGGAGCUGCCAUGUUGGGAUGACGGAGGUAUUCCUGCCAAGGAGACCAGCAGAGGUGAAGCAGGAGCCGAACAAAGACUCGCUUCAGCAGUGGGAAACCCAAUGGCAGGAUUUCCUGAAGAGUGUGGAAGGCCCUCACCCAAACUGGGGGGCCUCUGAGUCGAGGGAAGAGCCGUGGGAUGAUGCCAAAGCCUUCCUGGCCUCCUUUGAGCAAGUGGCCCAAGCCUGCCGGUGGCCCAAGGAAGAGUGGGUGCCCCGGCUCCUGCCAGCAUUGAGCGGAGAGGCCAAGCAGGCCUUCACCAGCCUGGAGGCCAAAAGCAGGGAGGAUUAUGGGAAAGUGAAGGCCACCAUCUUGCACAGGGAUGCCAUGCGGCAGGAGGAGCUGCGACAGUGUUUCCGGCAUUUCCGCUACCAGGAGGCCGAGGGGCCGAGAGGGGCUUACGGCCAGCUUCAGGAACUGUGUUGCCGGUGGCUGAAAGCUGAAAGGCAUUCGAAGGAGCAGAUCCUGGAGCUGCUGAUCUUGGAGCAGUUCUUGGCCGUCCUGCCUCCAGAGAUAGAGGCCUGGGUCAAGGAAUGUGGUCCAGAGACUUGCUCCCAGGCGGUGGCCUUGGCCGAGGACUUCCUCCAGAAGCAGCGAGAGCAAGAGGCCAAGAGGCAGGCAAACCAGGUGCCGCUAGAGGAAGAGGAGAGAGUGGGUUCCCCUGAAGCUGUCCAAGCCCUGCCUGAGAUGGAGCAGAAGAAGCUUCGUGUGGGGACCAAAGAAGAAAAUGACGACAGUGAUGCUGGAUCCUUGGGUGAUGAAUGGAAAAGUGAGAAUGAGAGGCAAUUGGGUGAGGAUUCCUCAGAAAGGACAGAGUGUGAAGCACUGAAGGAGAAUGUUUGGAGCCAAGUUGGGCCAGCGAGCCAAGAUGAAAGCCACACGGAAGAGCUGGAAGCCAAAUCCUUCCCAUUUCUGGUGGGGGACUUCCACAAAAUCUCAGUCCAGCAGGAAAGCGAGAAAGACAAAAAAGGAAUUGCUUUCUCCAGUGUUCAUUGGAGAUUUCUCCCUGAGGAUGAAUCAAAUUCAAUGUUUGCAAAGAGCUUCAGUCAGAGUGGAGACCUGACUGAAUGUGAAAUGCUUUAUGAAGGGACUAGUUCCAACAUAGACCUGAAUCAGAGUAUUUCUGCAGAUGAGAGACAGUGUAUUAAUUCAUAUCUUGGUAAGAUGAAACAUCCAAGGAUUCAAAAAGGGGAGAAGCUGUAUAAAUGUUUGGAGUGUGGGAAAUGCUUUGGUUGUAAGACCUACCUCUCGAGACACCAGAGGAUCCACACCGGGGAGAAGCCGUUUCGGUGCUUGGAGUGUGGGAAAUGCUUUAGUCAUAGUGCCAAUCUCAGUAAACACCAGAUAAUUCACACUGCUGAGAAGCCGUAUCAGUGCUUGGAGUGUGGGAAAUGCUUUGGUCAGAGAUCCCAUCUCAAGAAACACCAGAUAAUCCACACCGCGGAGAAGCCAUAUCAGUGCUUGGAGUGUGGGAAAUGCUUUAGCCGGAGUGACUAUCUCAAGUCACAUCAGAUAAUCCACACUGGGGAGAAGCCGUAUCAGUGCUUGGAAUGUGGGAAAUCCUUUGGAACGAGCGCCAGUCUCAAGAAACACCAGAGAAUCCACACUGGGGAGAAGCCGUAUCAGUGCUCGGAGUGUGGGAAAUGCUUUGGUCGGAGUACCCAUCUAAAGAAACACCAGAGAAUCCACACUGGGGAGAAGCCGUAUCAGUGCUUGGAUUGUGGGAAAUGCUUUGGUCAGUGGGCCCAUCUCAAGAAACACCAGAGAAUCCACACUGGGGAGAAGCCAUAUCAGUGCUUGGAAUGUGGGAAAUGCUUUGCUUGGAAGGCUCAACUCUUGGCACACCAAAUCAUCCACACUGGGGAGAAGCCGUAUACCUGCUCCAAAUGUGGCAAGUGUUUCCACAACCAGUCCAGCUUUAUCAGACAUAAAAGAAUCCACACCAGAGAGAAACCGUACACCCGUUCAGAUACGGGAAAGGCUUCAUCCAAAGUAACAGCCUAACUUUACAACCGAGAACCCAUGCCAAGAGAAAGAGCUGCGCAAAACCCAGCAAUUCCUGGAUGCUGGCAUGGCUGUGUUGGUUGUUUCUCCCUACCCAACGAACAGGGUAAUGGCAUCUUUAAAAUAAAUACCCUGUAUCAGGCGUCCUCUAAGUUUUUAAGCAGAGGGCUGGUUCACGGUUCCUCAGACUGUUGGGAGGCCGCAGUACAAUUUGAAGCAAUAAUGAACCAAUUCCUAUGCACACAGCACAUAUCUUAUUUGAAUAGGAUAGUAUGACUUUAUAUUCAUUGUACACUGUACAACAAAAUUAAAUGCUUUUCGCAGCA